CCCGCGCCGCCGCCCGCGCCCGCGCCCGCCGCCUGCCGCCCGCCGCCCGGCGCUGCGCCCGCCGGCGCUCCCCGAGGUGCCCCCGGCCCGGCCGGGUCGCCGCCCCGCCCGCCGCCCCGCGAGCCGCUUUGUCUCGGGCGGGGCGCGCGGGAGAGGCCGCCAGGUGCCCCCCGCCGCGGGCCGGGGCCCCCCGCCCCGGGGCGGCAGCGGCGGUGCCGGGCCCCGGGGCGGGGGGCGCGCCGCGAUGGGCCCCAAGCGGCGGCAGCUGACGUUCCGGGAGAAGUCGCGGAUCAUCCAGGAGGUGGAGGAGAACCCGGACCUGCGCAAGGGCGAGAUCGCGCGGCGCUUCAACAUCCCGCCGUCCACGCUGAGCACCAUCCUGAAGAACAAGCGCGCCAUCCUGGCGUCGGAGCGCAAGUACGGGGUGGCCUCCACCUGCCGCAAGACCAACAAGCUGUCCCCUUACGACAAGCUCGAGGGCUUGCUCAUCGCCUGGUUCCAGCAGAUCCGCGCCGCCGGCCUGCCGGUCAAGGGCAUCAUCCUCAAGGAGAAAGCGCUUCGGAUAGCCGAGGAGCUGGGCAUGGACGACUUCACCGCCUCCAACGGCUGGCUGGACCGCUUCCGCCGGCGCCACGGAGUGGUGUCCUGCAGCGGCGUGGCCCGCUCCCGGGGGCGGAACGCGGCCCCCCGGACCCCCGCGGCCCCUGCCAGCCCUGCCGCCGUGCCCUCGGAGGGCGGCGGCGGCGGCGGCGGCACGACGGGCUGGCGCGCUCGCGAGGAGCAGCCGCCGUCGGUGGCCGAGGGCUAUGCGUCGCAGGACGUGUUCAGCGCCACCGAAACCAGCCUGUGGUACGACUUUCUGCCCGACCAGGCCUCGGGGCUGUGCGGAGGCGAUGGCAGGGCGCGCCAAGCCACCCAGCGCCUGAGCGUCCUGCUGUGCGCCAACGCCGACGGCAGCGAGAAGCUGCCCCCGCUGGUGGCCGGCAAGUCGGCCAAGCCCCGCGCGGGCCAGGCCGGCCUGCCCUGCGACUACACCGCCAACUCGAAGGGUGGUGUCACCACCCAGGCCCUGGCCAAGUACUUGAAGGCCCUGGACACCAGGAUGGCUGCAGAGUCCCGCCGGGUUCUGCUGCUGGCCGGCCGUCUGGCCGCGCCGUCCCUGGACACCUCGGGCCUGCGGCAUGUGCAGCUGGCGUUCUUCCCCCCGGGCACCGUGCACCCCCUGGAGCGGGGAGUGGUCCAGCAGGUGAAGGGCCAUUACCGCCAGGCCAUGCUGCUCAAGGCCAUGGCCGCGCUGGAGGGCCAGGAUCGCUCGGGCCUGCAGCUGGGCCUCAUGGAGGCCCUGCACUUCGUGGCUGCGGCCUGGCAGGCGGUGGAGCCCUCGGACAUAGCUGCGUGCUUUCGGGAGGCCGGCUUUGGGGGUGGCCCUAACGCCACCAUCACCACUUCUCUCAAGAGUGAGGGGGAGGAAGAGGAGGAGGAGGAGGAAGAAGAAGAGGAGGAGGAGGAAGAAGAAGAAGAGGAGGGCGAAGGGGAGGAGGAGGAGGAGGAAGAGGAAGAAGAAGGGGAGGAGGAGGAGGAAGGAGGGGAAGGAGAGGAGCUGGGAGAGGAAGAGGAGGUGGAGGAGGAGGGGGAUGUGGAUGACAGUGAUGAGGAGGAGGAAGAGGAGGAGGAAGAGGAGAGCUCCUCCGAGGGCUUGGAGGCCGAGGACUGGGCCCAGGGGGUCGUGGGGGCCGGUGGGAGCUACGGGGGCUACGGUGCCCAGGAGGAGGCUCAGUGCCCUACCCUCCACUUCCUGGAAGGCGGGGAGGACUCGGAAUCGGACAGUGAGGAGGAGGAGGAAGGUGAUGAGGAGGAGGACGAUGACGAAGACGACGAAGACGAUGAGGAGGAUGGUGACGAGGUGCCCGUGCCCAGCUUCGGGGAGGCCAUGGCUUACUUUGCCAUGGUCAAGAGGUACCUGACCUCCUUCCCCAUUGACGACAGGGUGCAGAGCCACAUUCUCCACUUAGAACACGAUCUGGUCCACGUGACCAGGAAGAACCACGCCAGGCAGGCGGGCGUGCGGGGUCUCGGGCAUCAGAGCUGAGCCUCCGAUCCUCACUGGCAGCACCAGCCCAGGGCGGAGGACUCCCUGGGCCACCGCCGUGGAUGGAGCCAGAGCGGAGAGCCCACAUCCUCCAGUGAUGUUCCCCUGGCCCUGCGACAGGCCCAGGUGCCCCAGGAGGGUGGGGGGGCCUGGGCUGAGGUCAGCCUCACUGCCUGUCCGUUGCCUCUUUUCUCUGAAUCCUCUUCCCUCCCCAUUUGCCCCAGGUGGGGUGGGUGGGGAGCGGUCCGGUGCUACCACGCCAUGCCAUCAGUGGACUAGACCACGGCAGCAGCCAGGGCUGGGCACUGGACGCUCCUGGCCGGAGAGUGCCUCUCCCCUCUGCCGUCCACGCCAGGUCUUCGGUGGGGGGGACCCCAAAGCCAUUCUGGGAAGGGCUCCAGGGGGAAGAGUCCAGCCUAGGCCCCUGCCCGGCUGGCAGCCUCCCACCCCCACCCCCCGGGCCACCUCGAGAAGCACAGUCUAACUCGCUGCGGGCUGCUGAGCCUGCCUCUGCCUGCUUUCCAACUCCCUAAUCCCUUUCUGUAGCCAGGCCGUGUGACGUUGGCCCUUGGUUUUCUUUCUAGAUUGGAGUUUUCCAAGAGGCCCUCCAGGGGAGUGACAGUGGGCACCUCCCUUGCUGGGCAGCUGCAGGCCCCGUGCCUCUCGUCCCUCUCUGGCAGGGCCCUAGCCUGGGCAGAGGGGCCUGGGGCUGGGCCCAGAGUCCAGCCGUCCAGCUGCUCCUUUCCCAGUUUGAAUUCAAUAAAUCCGUCCACUCCCUUUUGUGGGGGGUGAACGUUUUAACAGCCAA